AUGAUGUCCGCUACAAGACUGCGCGCGGCCUACCGGCUGCCGCAGCAGCUGCGCCUGGCACAGCGCUCGUUCGCCACCACCGGUCGCCAAUUGGAGCAGCAGAGCACCACCGUGCCGGCCGAGUCCAACUCGCCCAGGAACCCCGACAACGCCCCCGGUGCCGCCGUCGCCGACCCGGCCGCCCAGCCCCCCGCACACAUCGACCAGGCUCCCAACCGUGCCGGCAUCUGGGCCAGGAGCCAGCAGCCUCGCGACAAGGCCAUGACCGGCCCGCGCUUCGAGCAGACCGACUUCAGCCUACAGCCGCAACCCUGGUCUGCCAUGGAGCUGGUACACAAGCAGCCUGUCCGAUGGACUCACGACCGCAUCGUUGCCUGCGAUGGCGGUGGCGGCCCUGCCGGCCAUCCUCGUAUCUUUAUCAACACUGACAAGCCCGAGAUUGCCACCUGCGGCUACUGUGGUCUGCCAUUUGCGAACGAGCAUCACCGAAAACACCUCGAAUCACUACCCCAGACCUCGUAUCCCUUGUCAUAG